AUGAUUCACUUUUCUUUUUUUUUUCUUAUUUUCUCAGAUUUAGAUAUGGGUGACUCAGCCCCAAGUAUCGGUGGAAAUACAUGUGGUCCAGCAGAUUAUGACUAUCUCAUUAAAUUCUUAGCACUAGGUGAUGCUGGUGUAGGAAAAACAAGCUUUCUUUUUCAAUAUACAGAUAAUACUUUCAAUACAAAAUUUAUAUCUACAGUUGGAAUAGAUUUUCGAGAAAAAAGAGUGGUUCACAGAGUUCAAGCCAUUGAUGGUACAAUUGGGCGCAGCCAGAGAAUUCAUUUACAGCUAUGGGAUACAGCUGGACAAGAAAGGUUUAGAAGUUUGACAACUGCCUUCUUCAGAGAUGCAAUGGGAUUUUUACUGCUUUUUGACCUGACUAAUGAACAAUCAUUCCUAAACACUCGUAACUGGCUGACACAGCUACAAAUGCAUGCAUACUGUGACAACCCAGACAUUGUUCUUAUUGGAAAUAAAGCUGACCUGGAAGACAAAAGGAAAGUUAGUGAAGAGCAAAUACAAGACUUUACAGAAAAAUACAACCUGGUCUAUUUUGAAGCAAGUGCUGCCACUGGCCAAGGCGUAGCUAAGGCUGUUGAGUACCUUCUAGACAAAGUGAUGAUAAGUAUGGAACAGUGUGUGGACAAAGGAAAACUUUCCAGAAAGAUGGGCCGUUUUGUUGGAAAUAAACUAAAUGUCACUGAAAUUGAUUCUUUGGAUAAUAGAUCUAACUGGUGUGGCUGUUAG